AUGGUGAUGGACACUGGAGGUAGACUUGUGGCUGGUUCUCACAAUAGAAAUGAGUUUGUGCUCAUCAAUGCAGACGAAAUUGGAAAGAUGAAGUCUGUUCGAGAACUAAGUGGACAAAUAUGCCAAAUUUGCGGAGAUGAAGUUGAGAUAACUGUAAAUGGGGAACGCUUUGUUGCCUGCAACGAAUGUGCUUUCCCUGUUUGCAGGACUUGCUAUGAGUACGAAAGAAGAGAGGGAAAUCAGGCCUGUCCACAAUGCAAAAUUCGAUUCAAGCGCGUGAAAGGUAGCCCUAGAGUUGAAGGUGAUGAGGAAGAGGAUAGCAUCGAUGAUUUGGAACGCGAGUUUGACUAUGGAAAAGUUGAAACUUCAGUUCUUACUCCAAGUUCGGGGGCCGUUCCUUCUGCAUGCGGAAAUCAUGUUGGUUCAUCUAGAUUAGCCACAGAGGAUCUUGAAAUCCCUGUUUUGACAUGUGUUGAAGAGAUUUUUUCAGAUCAACAUACUAUUAUAGUGCCACCUCCAUUUUCCAGUCAAGGGAACGGGAUUCAUCCAUCUCCUUCGUCAACUUCACCAUCUCUGCAACCGAGGCCAAUGAUCCCUGAAAAAGACACUGCAUUAUACGGAUAUGGAAGUGUUGCAUGGAAGAAUCGGAUGGAAGAGUGGAAGAAAAGGCAAAGCGAUAAAUUUCCGAUGGUUAAGCAUCAAGAGGAUAAUAAUGAGAGUGAAUUGGAUCCUGAUUUGACUGUGACGGAUGAAGCAAGACAACCUCUGUCAAGGAAACUAGCCAUUGCUUCGAGCAAGCUAAACCCUUACAGAUUGAUAAUUCUUCUCCGCCUUGUGGCUCUUGGCUUCUUUUUCCACUAUAGGCUUCUGCAUCCAGUUUCUGAUGCAUAUGGCUUGUGGAUAACAUCAGUUAUUUGCGAAAUAUGGUUCGCAGUAUCAUGGAUACUUGAUCAGUUCCCGAAAUGGUACCCAAUUCAGCGAGAAACAUACCUUGAUCGACUGUCAAUGAGGUAUGAGAAAGAAGGAAAGCCCUCAGAGUUAGAUGCCAUAGACAUCUUCGUGAGCACGGUUGAUCCCAUGAAGGAGCCACCUUUAAUAACUGCAAACACUGUUCUUUCCAUCCUUGCUGUGGAUUAUCCAGUCGAAAAAGUUGCGUGCUAUUUGUCUGAUGAUGGUGCUUCCAUCCUCACUUUCGAAACUCUUUCUGACACAUCUGAAUUUGCUCGAAAAUGGGUUCCCUUCUGCAAGAAGUUCUGUAUAGAACCACGAGCUCCAGAAUGGUACUUCUCUCAAAAGAUCGACUAUUCGAAAGACAAAGUCCAUCCUGCAUUUGUGAGGGAAAGGCGUGCAAUAAAGAGAGAAUAUGAAGAGUUCAAAGUUCGGAUCAACCGCUUGGUGUCUAUGGCGCAAAAAAUUCCUGAGGAAGGUUGGACAAUGCAGGAUGGAACUCCCUGGCCUGGAAACAAUGUUUGGGACCAUCCUGGUAUGAUCCAGGUAUUCCUUGGUCAAGAUGGUUUCCGUGAUGUAGAAGGAAAUGAAUUGCCACGUCUGGUUUAUGUUUCCCGUGAAAAGAGACCUGGUUUUGAGCACCAUAAGAAAGCAGGGGCCAUGAAUUCACUGGUGCGAGUUUCUGCUGUGCUAUCAAAUGCACCUUAUCUCCUGAAUGUUGACUGUGAUCACUACAUAAACAACAGCAAGGUACUGAGAGAAGCCAUGUGUUUCAUGAUGGAUCCUACUUCAGGGAAGAAAGUAUGCUAUGUCCAGUUUCCACAAAGAUUUGAUGGGAUUGAUAAUAGCGAUAGAUACUCAAAUCAAAAUGCCGUAUUCUUCGAUAUCAACAUGAAGGGUUUGGAUGGUUUGCAAGGGCCAAUAUAUGUUGGUACAGGGGGUGUCUUCAGAAGGCAAGCUCUUUAUGGAUACGAUGCUCCUAUCGAGAAGAAGCCACCUAGCAAGACUUGUAACUGCUGGCCGAAGUGGUGCUGUUUGUGCUGUGGAUCUAGAAAAAAUGGGAGACCAAAAUUGAAGAAAGAUAAGAUGCAGAAAUUGAAGCAAAAAGAGGCAUCUGAACAGAUACAUGCACUUGAAACCAUCAAAGAAAGUUCUGAAGAUACAAAAACUGAAUAUCAGUCUAUUGUUUUCCAAGAAAAACUAGAGAAGUUUGGUCAAUCUCCUGUUUUCGUAGCCUCAACACUACUAGAAAAUGGUGGCAUUCCUAAGGAAGUUAGUUCCACGUUACUCUUAAAAGAGGCCAUACAUGUUAUCAGCUGUGGAUAUGACGAUAAGACAGAAUGGGGAAAGGAGGUUGGCUGGAUAUAUGGCUCUGUCACUGAAGAUAUCUUGACAGGAUUCAAGAUGCACUGCCGUGGCUGGCGAUCUGUGUAUUGCAUACCAAAAAGGCCUGCAUUCAAAGGGUCAGCUCCCAACAACCUCUCAGACCGUCUUCACCAGGUUCUUAAAUGGGCUCUUGGAUCUGUUGAGAUAUUUUUGAGCAAACACUGCCCCAUAUGGUAUGGUUAUGGAGGUGGAUUGAAGUGGUUGGAACGAAUUUCCUAUAUAAACUCAGUUGUAUAUCCCUGGACUUCUAUACCUUUGAUUGUGUACUGUACAUUGCCUGCCAUCUGCCUUCUUACUGGGAAAUUUAUUGUUCCUGAGAUAAGUAAUUAUGCAAGCAUCAUAUUCAUAGCCCUCUUCACCUCCAUUGCUGUGACCGGUAUCCUUGAGAUGCAAUGGGGUGGCGUUGGAAUCGAAGACUGGUGGAGGAAUGAGCAGUUCUGGGUCAUUGGAGGUGUUUCCGCGCAUCUUUUUGCUCUCUUUCAAGGAUUGCUGAAGAUUUUAACUGGUGUGAAGACAAACCUUACCGUUACCUCAAAAGGAGGAGCUGAUGGUGAAUUUCCUGAGCCACAUCUCUUCAAGUGGACGUCUUUAUUAAUCCCGCCCACAACAUUGCUGAUAAUAAAUAUAGUAGCAGUUGUGGUGGGCAUUGCAGAUGCCAUUAAUGAUGGAUAUGAUUCCUGGGGACCAUUGUUUGGUAAACUAUUGUUUGCAUUGUGGGUUAUUGUUCACCUCUAUCCAUUCCUCAGGGGACUGCUACGGAAACAAGAAAGAUUGCCUACAGUUAUCGUUAUCUGGUCAAUUCUACUGUCUUCAAUAAUAACCCUUCUGUGGGUAAGAAUCAACCCUUUUGUUUCAAGAGAAGGUCCUGUACUAGAAAUCUGUGGACUUGAUUGCGAUGACUGA